UUUACAGAUCUCAUGAAGCUAUAAGCCAAACUGAAAAAUGCGUGCACGUCGUCAAGAGAACAGUAUCUCGACGCCGUCAGCACCGUCGACGAGCACUUCUCCGCGGAAGAAAGCAUCCAUCGGAAAUUCAAGAUCUAAGAAUCAUGGAAGCAAAAUGGAAAUGUACGAUCAAUUCUAUAAGAAAUUCGUACGACCUCCAAUGGCUCCAAUUUACUACCCGACAGAAGAAGAGUUCUCAGAUCCAAUCGAGUAUGUUGCCAAAAUACGACACGAGGCCGAAAAAUUUGGAGUUGUUAAAAUUGUUCCGCCGGCGAAUUUCAAACCACCGUUUGCUAUCGACAAAGAAGCCUUUACAUUUCGUCCCCGAACUCAAAAACUGAAUGAAGUGGAGGCAAUUGUCAAAGAGAAACACACAUUUAUUGACCGAUUAAUCAAUUUCAAUCGAUAUUCUGGUCUAACUUUUGAGUUUCCAGUGGAUCGAGAUGGAAAUAUUGUCGAUUUGUAUCGAUUACAUCGUAUAGUUCAAAACUUUGGAGGAUGUGAAGAAGUGAAUGAAGAUGAAAAAUGGAGAGACGUUGCCCGCGAAUACCUUCCAAAGGAGCAAAUGGCUCGCGGUGUUCCGUCGGCUUUCAUAAAUUUGAUUCGAUCACAUUAUAAUUUGCACAUUGAACCAUUUAAUCGAAAUUUGAAAGAAAAAGCGAUGAAAAAUGAUGAUGAAAGUGAUGAUGAAAUGGAAGAAUUAAAGCAUAAAUAUCAACAUCACCACGGAACUAUGCGGACAGAAAUAGAAGUUCCAAAUGAUAAAACUACUGAAGGAGGGGAAGAUGAGUGUCCAGUGUCGAUGCAAAGUGGUCGACGGAGAUCUAAAAAUAAGAAGGCUUCAUCUUCAAGAAAGACUCUUGGAACAUCUUCAAAGAAGAAUUCAACCAGAGGAAGAAAAAAUAAGAAGAAAGCCGAAGGAGACGAUGAUGAUGAUGAAGAUCCAAUGGAUCAAGUAUUCUGCGUUGCUUGUAAUGAAGGAAAGGAUGAAGAUCUACUACUUCUUUGCGAUAUUGAUGGAUGCAAUAAUGGUCGUCAUACAUAUUGUUGUGAUCCAGUACUCGAUGAAGUACCAGAAGGCGAGUGGAGAUGUCCAAAGUGCAUUGAAUCAGAGGAUGCAAAAAUCGGAUUAGACUGGGGAUUUUAUGAUGCGGACACAGAAUACAAUCUGAACUCAUUCACUGAAUUUGCCAACAAAUGGAAAUGUGAUUAUUUCGGUGUAAAAGAUGUAUCACAAGUGUCGUGUGAUGCUGUGGAACGAUCAUUCUGGAAGAAUGUAAUUUCACACGAAAAUCCAGUUUCUGUCAAAUACGGUGCCGACUUGAUUACGAGUCGAGUAGGAAGUGGAUUUCCUCGAAAAGAAGAUAAGCACACUGGCCCAGAUCUGAAGCUGAAGCAGCAAUACGCUUCACAUGCAUGGAAUCUGAACAAUAUGCCUGUACUUCGAGAAUCUGUUCUCUCACAUUUUAAUACUGGAAUUUCUGGAAUGAUGGUACCGUGGGUCUAUGUUGGUAUGUGCUUCUCGACGUUCUGCUGGCACACCGAAGAUCAUUGGACGUAUUCUGUUAACUAUAAUCAUUUUGGAGAACGGAAAAUUUGGUACGGUGUUGGUGGAGAAGAUGCUGAAAAGUUUGAAGAUGCAUUGAAGAAAAUAGCACCUGGAUUAACUGGAAGACAAAGAGAUCUAUUCCAUCAUAUGACUACAGCUGCAAAUCCUCAUCUUCUUCGUUCAUUGGGAGUUCCAAUUCAUUCAGUUCACCAGAAUGCUGGUGAAUUCGUCAUUACAUUCCCACGUGCUUAUCAUGCUGGUUUCAAUGAGGGACUCAACUUUGCGGAAGCUGUCAAUUUCGCUCCAAUUGAUUGGCUAUCAAAAGGUCGAGAAUGCGUUGAGUCUUACUCAAAUGUACGAAGAUAUCUUGUAUUUUCUCAUGAUGAGCUUCUCUUUAAAAUGGUUGAAGCAAUGGAUAAACUUGGAAUUUCGAUGAGUUUAGCAACACAUGAAGAACUGAUAAGAAUAUAUGAAAAACAAAAAAUGUUGAGAGAACUUCUCGCUCGCCUCGGAGUUUCCAAUCGCCAAAUGCAGCAAGUGAUGUUCGAAAAGAUUCCAGAUGAACAAAGAUCGUGUCGUUUUUGUAAGACGACUCUCUUCAUGUGUGCAUUGGUUUGUAACAAACACAAGAAAAUGACUUGUGUUGAACAUCAUGAUCAUCUUUGCAAUUCGUGUACAACGAAAGACUACAGAUAUCAGUACAGAUUCGAGUUGGAUCAAUUGAACAAUAUGUGUGAUGAACUUGGAAAGCGUACGGUUAACUACAAUGGAUGGAAAGAAGAGUCGGAUGAGAUGCUUGAAGAAGAAGGAAAACCAAAACUCGAGAGAAUUGAAGAGUUUAUAGAUUCUGCCAAACAAAACAAGUAUCCACAGACAGAUCAAGUUCAUAAAUUGAUAACAAUUCGUCAUACAGCCAAGAGUGCCAUUGAAAAAGCAAAUCAAUUGCUCUUUAAGAAAGUACGAACGCGAACAAAAACCCGAUGUCAGAGAGCCGACACUCGUACAGACACCGAGGGAGUACGGUCAUUGAUUGAACAAAUGCAAGCCAUGGAUUGCAAUUUGACUGUUAUUAUUGAUAAACUUGAGAAAUGGAUGGAACAAGUUGAAAUGUGGAGAAACAGAGCAAAAGAUGCUAUCUAUCGAGAACAAGAAUACUCAAAAGAAGAAAUCGAGAAGAUUAUUGAAGAGGGAGAUGAAUAUGAUAUUAAAUUGGAAGAAAUCGAUGAGUUGCGAAAAGUUAUUCAAAUGAAGGAUUGGUCGGAUAGAGCAAGAAAAGUUACUACAUGGAAGGCAACUCCCGAUAUGGAGAAAGAUAUUGAUUUUGAGUAUAAGCUUCGAUAUGCAUCCAGUGAUAUUUUAUCAUUGAUUCGUGAUAGUCCACGAAAUCCCACAGAUGGUACUUCUAAACUCGUCUUUGAACUUCAACAAAUGCUCCGUGACGCCAAUACACUCGAGGUCAUUGCAAACAAUUUCUGUGAGAAUCCAGCACUUGAUCAGCUUCAAUCAAUUUGGCAAAGCCUUAGAGAAACUGAUUGGUUCUAUGAAAAAUAUAUUAACAUGGUUCGCUAUGAGAUCAUUCAUGUUGCCAAAAUCAAGUCAAUGAUAGAUGCCGCAAUUCCCGUGCUAUCAGAAUUUGAUUUAAAAACACAACUGCAGAAAAUUGUCAAUGUUGAAAUUACACUAUCGAAGGCGGCCGAAAUCAGUAAAGCAUUCGAAACUUCAAAAUGUCUAAACGGUUCCGAAGAGCAUCUCGGGAUUUUGGAUAUGAUCAGCACAAUGAAUGCAUUUACUCAGAGGAUAGCUAUUCUGUUCAAGCCAAAUAAUGCGUAUCACAAUCUUUUUGAAAUUCUCUCCGAACGCGAUGAUUUAACUCCACUUGCUGAAGGACAAACGAUACCAUUAUAUUUUCAAGGAGGCGCAGUACAUCCAUCUGAUGAAUGGCAUCAAAUGAAAGAAUUCGAGUCAUUAGAUCAAAUUGUGCAUCAUCAAUCAUCGCUACGUGAAAUGCAAAUGAGAAUUUUUGAAAAGGUGAAACAAGCAAAUUCAGCUCGUGGUCUUGAAGCAUGCUCAUGUCUUGGAUUCAACAAAUCAGAUGAUUCCGAAUCAACACUGACAUGCAUAAUGUGCGAUUCAGAGUUUCAUGUUCGAUGUUGCGAGUGGUCACCGUUCCUUGAAAAACUUCCAGAAGGAUGCUUUUUAUGUGUUCGAUGUCUACGGGGACAACGUCCAGUCAUUGAUGAUGUAACAACUGCUCUGAAUGGAACACCUUCUGGAUGUUUGGAAACACAUCUUGUUCGAAAUCUAAUACAAAAAACUCGUGGAAUCACUCAAAAUUUGAUGGAAGCUGCUAAUAAACGGAAAUCAGGAGAAUCCAGCGACGAUAUUUGUAAAAUUGCCUUAUUCGAUUGGCUAUCGUGUGAAAUUCUGAAUCCCAAUGGUCUUCCGAAGGCACGCGAGCUGAUUUCAGAAUUUUAUAUGGAAUAUCUUCAAAAACAGUCAAGCGCCGCACUAGAACUCAAAAAUCGCCCGGUUCGUUCAAAACCAUCGGUAUCACUCUUCGAUCCAAAAAUCACAGCUAAACGCAAAAGGCCAAGUGUUUCACACAAAGAGACGUCGAAAAAAUCACGCAAACGUCAAAGUCAAGCAUCACCCAGUGAAUAUUACGAAGACGAGUCUGAAUUCAAGUCGUGUCAAGCUCGCGCCUGUUUGAAGCCAUAUGGAGACUCAGUGAACUGGGUGAUGUGUGAAGCAGGCUGCAAAAACUGGUUCCAUGUGAUUUGUCUUGGAUUCACUCUGAGAGAAAUUAAUGACAUGCACGAGUACCGUUGCUCAUCCUGUCUGGAUCAUGCGGACUCUCCAACUUCGAGUGUUUCCACCGAUUGAACCAGAUUAUAUAUUGCUUCACCAGUAUCAUAUUUUCUAAUUAAAUUUAUAUAAUACGUUCAUCUUUUCACAUCAACCCUAACCAUUUUCAUCAGAUUACUGUCAUAUCUAGCCACUCUCUUUAUUCUCUGUAAUUCCAGCUACUCUGGAUUUUCAUCUCCAUCAUUUUCCUCUUUACUUUAAUCGUUCUCAACACUAUAAGCUUUCUCCUGAAAUUCAGAAAAUGUACCGUAUUUCAAAACCACCAAACUUUACCACAGCUUCUUUCCUUUCAUUGCAUUCUUCUUCUUUUCAUCGCGCAACCUUUCUCUCUCCAAAGUUUUUUAGUUUCCUCUGUUGAAUCUCGCUUCGGGUUUUUUCACCCUAAUCCAUUUCCACCAUUGACUGUUUUUUACAAUUUCUAAUAUCCCUUUGCCUCAUGUUCGGUCUUAACUGAAAAACUCUGUAAAAUUCUAGCUUUUAAAAAGUUUUGUUUUGUUUUUUCAAUUACCCCUUACCAUAGUGUCUCAACCUGUCAAAACCUUUUCACAUUUGUAUCUAAAUAAUUUAUAAACGCACCUCAAAACAGUGCAAGAAUAAUAAUAAAGAUAAAUCCUUAUUUACAGCAUAAAUAAUUUAAUGGUGAAA